AUGGCGACCACUUCCGUUUCGUCGACCCCGCACCCGCACCUGGGGUGGAUUGGUCUCGGAUCCAUGGGCAUUGGUAUGGCUGUCAACUUACAGAAGCACCUGGUACAAAAUGGCGCACCAAGUCUACAGUACUACAAUCGCACAAUGUCUCGAGGUGAACGGCUCGAGACCAUCGGGGGAAUCCCGCGGCCCGACAUCAAACAACUCUUGACCAACUCAGACAUAAUAUUCAUGUCUCUCAGCGAUGAUGCUGCCCUUGAGACGAUGCUGGAUGCCAUCCUUGGAAACGUGUCUCCCGAAGAUCUGGCCGACAAAAUUAUCGUUGAUACCUCAACUGUCCACCCUCUUUCAUCAGCCAAAGCCCGAGAACGUCUCUUGGAAAAGAAGGCCAAGUUCAUUGCGGCCCCAGUCUUCGGUGCAAGCCCUGUUGCUGCGGAGGGGAAAUUGCUCUGGAUCAUUGCUGGUCCGAAUGAUGCAGUCGACGCCAUCAACCCGUUCAUCGUUGGAGUAAUGGGGCGAGGGGUGAUUCGCCUCGGCGAGGAUGUUCAAAAGUCCAGCAUGAUGAAGACCGCCGGAAAUUUCGUCACCGCUGGAAUGAUGGAGCUUGUUGCAGAGGCCCACGUGUUUGCCGAAAAGACCGGCCUUGGGAGCGAGGCUAUGGAAGCUCUGAUUGAGCAGCAAUAUGGCCCUCUCGCAUUGUCAAUGUCCAAACGUUUGACAACCGGUGCUUACCUCCCCGCACAAGGCCAAAGACCGUGGUCCGAUCUUGGACUCGCAUUGAAAGAUGUUGGACACGGGAUCGACUGUGCUGGAAAAUCUGGUACUCGACUAGAAGUCGCUGAGGUUGCCCUGAAACACCUGCAAGAAGCCAAAGAAUUCUCAGAUGCACAGGGCCGGCCAUUGGAUUCAUCGUCAAUGUAUGGAAUCUUGCGCAAGGAAGCCGGCUUGUCAUUCGAGACGGACUUUGUCAAGAAACGAGACGGGUCUGAACUAUGA